AUGAGCGGCACAGCCAGUCGGCGAACGCCGGCGCCCGAGCCAAGAACCAAGAAGGUUGGUUCGAUUGGCCGUUGUUAUUUUGGGAAAAAGAAUAAUUACAGCAGGAGUCGUUUGUCGACAAACUUGCUGGUACACUGACCAGAAAAAAGAAACCGACGUCUGAGGACGCGGCUCCCAACGAAAACGCAGUCGACGACGACGAAGUUCUUGAGGUAUCCUAAUCUCAAAAUUACAUUUUAUGUGCAUUAACUAUUCACGGCUAGCAUGACCAACGGUGGGCCUUUGAAAAAAGGAACGCAUAAGGGAAAAGAAAAUAACGGUGAUUUUUUUCAAUGAGAAAACCUUUAAACGCUUUUCCGUGAAUACGUUGACAUUUUGCAUAAAUCUGCGUCGAAGUCAUGAAAAGUCGCUAGAAACUCCUUAUUUCAGCUAGAACUAGAAGGUCGCGAGGCUCUCGACUCUUCGUUGGUGCCCACCUUAUCGAAAAACAUCUACCUGGAAGAAGGUUUUGACAAGGUUGCGGCUGAUUUCGAGCUGGGAUUAAGGAGAACAACGCCGAUAUCUCACCAAAGAGACGGCCAAAGACGGAAAACUGGCGCAGGUCGUCGACCUGCUUAUCUACUGGCUCAACGAAGAACUCGCUGACCAACGGAUUGUGGUUUGUGUUCAUUCCUUUUUUUAAAGCUUGAAACUUGGAAACAAAACUUCAAAAUGAGGAAAAAAACUUAAAAAUGAUCCAGAAAAAAAUCGGAAUUCGAGAACUUGAAAAAAAUUACAAAUAAUUUUUUUCUUGAAUUUUUUUAUAUUUUUUUGCGAAAGUUUGUUGAAAUUCCGAAUGUUCGAGUAUUUUACAAAUUUUUCCCUUUAUUCAGAAAAAUUAGAAAAAAAUCAAAAAGAAAAUAUUUAUAACGUAGUGACUCGAUAUUUCUUGGAGAAAAAAAAUAGACCCCUAUUUUUGUUUCAUAUUCAAAACACUUUUUUUCUCUGUUAAUUUUUUUCGAUUUUUUUCAUUAGACUUUUUUUAGGUGCGUCAUUUGCAAGAAGAUCUGUACGACGGGCAGAUUAUUCAAAAAGCUGCUGGAAAAAAACUUGCCCAAAUCAGAGUACGUUUAUUGGGUAGACAUUUUCGAAAAAAAGCUGUUUCCGAUCAUCAAGCAAUUCAAUUAUUUUUUCUAGGUCUAGCUAAAAAGCUUCAGUCAAUAUUUUUCGAAAAGUUAUAUUUUUCAUCUAAUAACUAGUUAAGCCAAUUUAGGUUUUUUUUUAGAUUGAAGUGCCUGAAGUUUCGCAGUCUGAGGAAGGACAGCGCCAGAAACUGCAGGUAGAGAAAAAGGAAUCGACUUCAAAUUUUUCUUUUUUAGAUCGUCAUCGCUACGGCGAACAGAGUUCUCGGCCAGCCCCAUGAACACGCCAAGUGGUCUGCAAACGAGAUCCACCAGAAGGUUCAGAUUAGCUUUUCGAUUUUGGAUCAGCGAUGAACUACAAAACUUCCUAGCGAUUAGGGCCCUUAGUCCCAAGUCAGGAAGAAAACUCUACAGAAAGUAGUCAUCCAGGAAUUUGGAGCAGUUUCCACCAGAAACGCCACGAACACUAAACAUGUGGAAACAGUUUCAGAAAAGAAUCAUGUUGCGCUCAAUCAUCUAAAAAAUUGUUGAUUUUGCUUCAAAUCUUAUUUUUCUGGGAUCAAAUAUCAUGGUUUUUGGAUAUCUGUUAUGUUUUUGUGUUCAUUUUAUUAUUACUAUAUUUGAAAAACAAAAAUUUUUGGAUCAGUAAAUAUCAAUCUCAAGGAAAUCAAAAAGCGAUAAGUUCACAAGAAGCAAGCCCUAACGCCUUCACUCUAAUGUAUCACAAAACUUUAAGGACAUUAUUGCAAUCCUCCAACUUCUCGUCGCAAUCGCUCUCCACUUCAGAGCGCCUGUCCGCUUUCCGGACAACGUCAGCGCCAGUGUCAGUUCUUUUUUUUUGUCUCUCUCUCAUUCUCGGCUUUUUCAGGUGGUCAUUGCUCGGAAAGAACAAAAUCACAUCAAAACCCAGCGUGUCGUCGAACAAAUCACGACGACGCAGACAGAGCUGGCACCCAAGGUAUGUCGAGGAACUUCUCAGCUUGAAAAAAUGUGCUUUCGAACACAGUGAGCUGAUUUGUAUUGAAAAAGUGUGCUCCGAAAUUUAAAGUUGUAUGCUGAAAGCUCUAGGUUAACUAUUCUUGUCUGAUUUUUCAGGGUUAUGCCGGCGUGUUUAUGUUUUUGUGCACAAAAAAAAGAAAUUUAGGGCGAGCGCGACGCUUUCGACACGCUGUUCGACUACGGACCAGACAAGUUGGCCCAUGUGAAGACCUCUCUUCUUGCCUUCUGCAACAAACAUCUCAAUAAGAUCAACCUCGAGGUUCCUUUUCAAGAGACUCAAGUCGUAAAAAAUCAUCUUGAAGGUUACUGAUUUGGAUUCGCAGUUCCAAGACGGCGUUUUCUUGGUGCUCCUCGUCGGUCUUCUCGAAGGAUAUUUCGUCCCGCUUUAUCACUUCCAUCUUCAGGUAUUCUACUAAUUCAAUAGUGAAGUGUCACUGGAAAACCAAGCAUCGAUGCGGCUUUAUACUGGAUACCUAAUGGAAAUGAAUCAGAUAGCGGCUAUAGUUUGCUAUAAUUUCUCGAAUGAGAAAACUUCGGGAGAAAAUUUAACUAGGGUCUGAUUUUCAGGCGAUCAGUAGUCGCCAGGGUUGAAAGAUAACAGAGUCUAGACAGGGCACAUACAUACGUAAGGUACGUACAUCGUAACCGCUCCGGAACUACAUAGCCCAAGUUUUUUUUAGUUAGGUAAUAACCACUUGGCAGCUUUUUGAUCCGGUUCGUCUACAAUAGAAUUUUUUCGAAACAUUAGUACGUAGAGACACGUUUUGCUGGAAUUUUGUUGAUUUGUGCUCUAGCGAGCCCUGGUUGAGGAUAAAGUAGAUAUAGUCUGUUUAGGUUUUGAAUGUCAAGCAGCUAACUCCACCCCCAAGGCUACAAUAUCUUUCGCGUCAAUGUUUUAUCUACAGAUGACGAUGGCCCUUUAAUAAGGCUGCCUUUUUGAUUUAUUUUUCUACCUUUUAGAUCCAAAAAAGAUCAAAAUUAGUCCCGCGCGAUAAAAAAUCGACGCGAAAAGAUAACGUCUCAGUAGGGGCGGAGUUAGCUGGUUGACAUUCAAAAUCUGAACAGACUAUAAAGCUUUUCGUUCGAUGUUUGGCCAAGUACAGGCGCUUUUAAAAAUACCGUUAGAGGAUUCUGACUUUCAAUGCUGAAAAGUUGGGAAAGUACGAAUUUGAGGUUCGCUCGCACGAGGAGAAGCUCAAAAACGUGAACUUUGCGUUCAAAUUGAUGGAAGAGGCCGGUUUGGCAAAACCGAGAAGCCGCGUCCAGGAUAUCGCUAAUGGCGACCUCAAGGUUCCCCGACUUCUUCAUACUUCGAAACGAAUAGUCCCAUUCAGAGCACUCUGAGGCUGCUCCAUCUGCUCUUCACCAAAUACAAGCACGUUUGAACAUACAAGAAUCUCCCGCCGUCAUACCUGCCAUAUGCCUUAAUAAUUUUUAUGGUGCUUUUUUCUUUAUAUUUUUAUGCAUUUUUUGUCCUCAGGAGCAAAUAAAAUCUUUCUAUUUUACAUUGAAUAUUUUCAAAAAUGGAAAAAGUUUUCGAUUAUCCCAUAAAAAAUCAGGAAAAAUUUGGAGGCGAGAAGAAAAAGACGAAUGAUGAAAGACAACUAUCUACGAAAGGAAGCUGGAGCAAACAGUAAAAAUCGUAUGAAAAAGAAAAGACGUGUUGGCGUGUUUCCUUUCUUAUUAUUCACUAUUGCGAUUGCGGGGUCAUCGACAUGGCUGCGGAACUUGUUCAGCUGCAACCCGGCUCCACGGUCUGUUCCAUGUCCCAGACGAGGACCUUCUGCUUCAGGUCGAGCGCUGGAACAUUGUCAAGAAACUUGGCGAAGGCGGCUUCGGAGCCGUGUACCUCGUCAGCGACUCUACCGGAAAAUACGCUCUCAAAGUCGAAGGAAUCAAUGAGCAAGUUCAAGUAACUAAAAAUCAAAACGCUACUAUUUUUAUGAAGAAAACGUAUCAUUCCUUCAAGUUUUAACUUGAGGUGCUCAAAAUGGAAGUGUUCGUGUUGUCAGAACUCACGAAACGCGGAAGUCGUCAUUUUUGCAAAAUUGAGGACAAAGGGAGGUACGGUACCUUCAACUACGUGGUUAUGACUCUGGUGGGCAAGAGUCUGCAGGUGUAUUCACUACUUCCGGGGUGCAAAUGAACCUGAAGUUUGUAGGAUUUGCGAAAAGCAACUCCACAACAGCAUUUGUCGCUUGCAUGCUCUCUCAGCGUCGGUCUGCAAUCGCUCGAAGCUCUGGAAGGUCUCCAUUUCUCAGAAGCGAUUCAUCCGAAGAUUUCCCACAGAUUUGCACAACAUUGGCUAUCUGCAUCGUGACGUCAAGCCAGGCAACUACACUAUCGGACGAGCUGAGCUCAAUGAGCUUAGAAAAGUCAGCAGAUCCUGUUGAAGAGCACAGAUUGAGAUUCAGGUGUACAUUCUCGAUUUUGGAAUGUGCCGGAAGUUUACAAACGAGCAGGUAGAAAAUAGAACAAAUUGAGAAGAGAAAUUCCUUUUCAGGGUGUGAUCCGAAAACCUCGACAAGCGGCCGGUUUCCGCGGCACUGUCCGAUACGCACCCAUCGCGUGCCAUCUGCAGCGCGAACUGUGCAGGUUGUGACACUUUUGAGCUUUUCAUAUGUUUGGACAAUAGAAAGGACGACAUCGAGACGUGGAUAUACAUGCAGGUAGAGCUGACGAUGGGACGUCUGCCUUGGAAAGACGUUCAAGACAUGAACCAGGUUGGUGGACAUUAGUGAUGAACGAAACUCUGCCAUUUUCAUGAAAAAUAUCAGCUUUCGAUAGAGUAGAUCUCCAAAAGAAGAUAGCCUUUCUUUUCGAUUGGGUGUCCACUAAAAAGGAGCCGAAACGCGCUUCGAUAAACUCUAAAACUUAAAAUUUCUAAUCAAUUUGCUAGAAUGAGGCUUAGACUUUUAUUUUAUCGCAAAAUAUCCGGUCGAGCUACCUUUAGGAAGUUGGUUUUCCAAGAAUUAGGGUUCAAAAGUUCUUCUAAGAUCUUUAUGUGUAAUUCAGUAAGUGACACAUUUUUUCUGACUCGAUUCUCUAAAAAAAAACUAGAAUGAUGUUUCUUGUCAGACAAUAAAUUAAGGUCGGAGAGUUCAAACGUCGCGUGCGCAACAAUCCCAACGAACUUUUCCCGCCACCUUGUCCGCAGAACGAGUUGAAAGUAUGCAGAGCUGAGUCAUCAUACAAAAAAGCUCUCAACGAAUAUUCAGGAAAUUCUGACAAUCGUCGAUGCCUAUAAGUAUUAUGACUCUCCCAACUACGAACAGCUAUACGGAGUGAGAAAUGUGAAAAAACAGAGACGAAGGACCUUUUUUCAGCUUAUGAAACGAGCCAUACAAAAUUGCGGGAAGCCAGAGUUUCCAUAUGACUGGGAAGCCGGAGGUCCGCUCGCCUACAUGGUCGCCUGA